AUGGCAGACGAUACAGGCGAAUCACCUACAAGAACAACCCGCUCCUCCACCCGAGUCCGCAACAAGUCGGCCCGUGCGCUGGAGAGCGAACACACCGACCGCCUCCUUGCCGCGGCACGCGACAAACGAGCAACCGACCGCGAGGCCAAGGAAGAGGCCAAGGAGGAGGCCAAGGGGGAGGCCAAUGAGUCCGCAUCAAAGGAAGAUGAGGGUCAUGUAGAAGCGCAAGAGGAACAGGAAACGGCCGCGGGGCCAGGUCCUAGCACCACUACUGCUCCGAAGGGCAAGACCCGUGCGCGCGCGCCGCCAAAAAGGAAGACGAAGAAGACAAACGACCACUGUGUGUGUAAGGAGGACCGUGAGGGUUCCAUGAUCGAGUGUGGGACUUGCAACGACUGGUUCCACUUUGAUUGUGUCGACAUGACCGAGGAGGAGGCCGAGCGCAUACACAAGUAUGUGUGCCAGGCUUGUGCUGAGCGUACUGGUGAAAAGACGACCUACCUGUACGACAUUGAGGGAUACCCGUCGCCUGCGCCACCAGAUGACGUCGAAGUAAAGGCCGCUGAGCCACCAGCAAAGCGACGCAAGAGUGGUGGAAAGACUCGUAAGAAGGCCAAGACGGCAAAGAAGUCCAAGAAACAGGAGGACGACGAGACCAAGGAGGAAGCCGAGGACGACGUGGAAGAGGACGACAAGAACGACGCCGACCAUGCGCCCGAAGACGCCUCCGAGGCGUCGAGUGAUAGCGACGAGGGCUCGGACGCCGAGGAACCACCUUCCGAGGCCGAGUCCGUGUAUUCGGAUGCUGCUGGCUCGCGCAAGCGACCUCGUCGCACCACGCGCCAAGCCUCGCCCAGGAAGCGUGCAUCGAUCGAUACUUCCCGCAAGCUGUCCGCCUCAGGCCCGUCGUCAGCCGUCCCAGCCACUGCUGCCGCGUCUGCCACCACUUCUGACGCUCUUCCGCCAGCACGACAGUAUGUGCUCGACAAGAUGGCGGCCACUGUGCGCAGCAUCUUUGGCGAGGACAAGAUGGACGCCGACGCCGCUGCGACGUACGGCGGCGAAGUCGAGGCGACCAUCUUCUCGCACUUCAAGGAGUUUGUCAAGGGCAAGGAGCACGCUGGUGGGCGUUACAAAGCGCAGUUCAACCUGUUACAUUCGUCCCUCAUCAAGACCCUUCGACCCGAGCUCCGUGAUUCCAUCGUGGACGGUACCAUCACGCCUGCCAAGAUGGCGCUCCUCACUUCGCUAGAGCUUGCGACAGCCGAGCAGCUCGCGACUCUCGAGGCCGCCAAGCAAGAGGCCUUGCGACAGACCGUGCGAGUCAGAGAAGACGAGGGUGGUGUGCGUAUCGGUCGCGAUGGAUUCGAGAGCGUCAAGGAGGGUCUGCAUGAGACGGAAAUGUCAGAGCUCGCAAGACAAGAGGCCAAGGCAAGACGCCGCGAGAGCGAGGCUGGUGUCGACGAGGACCCCGAAGUCGUGCGCCGACCUUCCGCUGCCGAGUCCAAAGAAGACAGCGGCAAAGACGUCAUCGCUUCCCCGCACCCUCCCAAGACCCCUCUGCCACCUGCCCGCAAAGUUUCAGUUGCAACCCUACCCUCGCCUUCCGCGCGUCCAGGCAUAUCGUCAGCGUGGGGCGGUGAGAACGCCAAGUCACCUGCCGAGGAUGAGUUGGAGAUCAGCGGCGACCAGGACGCCAUUGACCUGAGCGACAUUGUGCCCGAGGAGAUUGACUACAAUGAUGGACUCGACGACAGCAACCCCGAAUGGGACGCGUUCACUGCCAAACCCGUUUUGUGGUCUGGCGGCAUGAGUAACCCUGCCGUCGAGUCGCUGUCUACGGCACCUGUCCAGCUGCGCCAGCUUGCCGGUCGCACCACCCCGCCAGCAAACUUCUGGAAACAUCUACUGCCGCACACGCAAAUUUCCAUCACUGGUCGCGUCCACACCUGGAAGUCACUGCAGUACCUUGCGGACCGUCGGCUGGAUCGUACCCGCGAGCUCGUCGUCGUGUCGUUUACGGUGGACCCGAGCGCCACUUCCGAGCAAAAGGCGGCGUGGGCGACCAACGUCAAUUUCCACAUUGGACGUGGCCGCCACGGCCUCUACCACCCAUACGGCGACCGCCCUCCUCCCGGCGCCGCGCGUGAGCUGUACCUCAUCCCGCUCGAGCCCGACACAGAGGUGCCUGACCUCUUUGGCCUGAUUGACAACUUUUCCGUCCCAGCCAAGCGGACCGAACCGCUCAUGAUUGGUGUCUUCCUCGUUGGGCGCGAUACCCCCACAUCCACGGCGCGUUCACCCGCCGACGGCGCAGCUGCCAGGCCGCCGCCGCCGCCGCACGCGUACGCCGGGCCGCCUGGCCUGCGUCCCCCUGCGCACGGCCCACCCGGUCCUCCUGGCCCGCCCCGCCCCGUUCUGCAGCACGCCGCUCCCGUCGGCCCCGGUCCAGGCCGUCCAGUCCUGCCACCCAACUUGAACAUUCAGCAGCUCAUGGCCAACCUCGACCCGGCAGCUAUCGCCGCCGCGGCCGCCAGGGCUGCGGCCGCUCAGCGUCCCCCUACCCAUGGCCCUCCCGGUGGACCAGGCGGACCAGGCGCGCCAGGUGCACCCCCACCUCGCCCAGGGUACCCACCGCAACAGGCCCCGCAGCACCAGGAGGCCGGCUACUACCCGCCCCCGCCGCCGGGGUAUGCAGCUGGCCCAUCGUCCGCCCCGCCGCAAGCGCCCUCCUGGGGCCAACCACACCCCCACCAAGGUCCGCCCCCGCAGGCGCCGACGGGUCCCCGCGGGUGGCACGCUGGUGCUCCGUCUGGACCUACAGGACGUGGUGGACCGCCAGCGCGGGGCGCCGGCGCUUGGCGCGGCAGGCCGUAG